ACAAGAUCUCCUCUAUCCAUCCUCCUCAGCUCCACCUUUGUUCACUACACACCAUCGCGCGGAGAGCUAAGCAGUUAUGCCGCACCUUACCGCCAUCAUGGCGGACCGCAAGGUCCCCUUCCAUACCUUCGAGUUCUUUCCGCCUCGCACAGCUCCUGGCAUGGCGAAUCUUCUUGACCGCAUCCAGCGUCUCUCCUCCCCGCCACUAAAUGCGCCUCUCGCUGUCUCGGUGACAUGGGGCGCUGGCGGGAGCACCGCUGAGCGCUCCCUUGAACUGGCUGAGGCAAUCGUGGCGAUGGGCAUGGAGGUCAUUCUCCAUCUCACAUGCACAAACAUGCCGAAAGUCAAGGUGGACACUGCGCUCGAGCGCGCUCGCUCGCUCGGUAUUACGAAUGUUCUUGCGCUGCGUGGCGAUGCACCCCGUCCCGACGAGUACGCCGAGGCUGAGUCUAGCCAGACGAUUGACGAGUUCAACCAUGCCGACGACCUCGUCCGGUAUAUCCGUGACAAGCACGGCGACUUCUUCUGCAUCGGCGUGGCCGGAUAUCCAACCCCGCACCCCGACGCUGAGAGUGCCGCCGCCGACAUGCACUGGCUCAAGAACAAGUGUGAUGCUGGCGCGGAUUACAUCAUCACUCAGUUGUUCUACGACUUUGGCCAGUUCGAGGCCUGGGUCGCGGCUUGCCGCGCUGCCGGCGUUACUCAGCCCAUCAUCCCCGGUGUCAUGCCAAUUCAGAGCUACUCGUCGUUCCGUCGCCUCAUCAACCUCACGAAAUGCGUUGUACCGGAGAAGAUACUGCGGGAUCUUGACCCGAUCAAGUCCAACGACGCAGCCGUGAAGCAGUACGGCGCGCAACUAGCGACAGACCUCGUCAAGGAGCUCAUCGAGUCCCGGCUCGUACCAGGCGUGCACUUCUGCACUCUCAACCUGGAGCGCUCUGUCAGGACGAUACUCGAGAACGUGGAGUGGACUCUGGACCACGCACACCCUGUACAUGGCUCUCCUCGCGCGCGCCACAACCAGCUUAUCAGCGAUGAGGCGCUCCCCACCGUUGAGGGGCAGCCCAUCUCCAUCCGCGCGUCUGACGCAACGCAGCUUGCGCAAUGGAGCUUGAGCCGCGCCGCCGCCGCCGCCACUAGUCCCACCAAACUUCCACCUAUCCCAGGUGUAAUCCCCGGCGUGGGUGAAGAUCCGUGGGACGAGUUCCCGAACGGACGAUUCACAGACGUGCGGUCACCAGCAUACGGAGAGAUCGACGGCUGGGGGUCUGGGCUGAAGAUCACGCCCACACAAGCGCUGCGCGAGUGGGGCACACCGACGAGCGCGGCGGACCUCGCCACCGUAUUCCAGGCUUACCUCCGCGGGGACGAGAGGACACCCACCACUCCCUUCUGCGACAUGCCGCUCUCUCCCGAGUCGUCGCUCAUCCUUCCGCACCUCCUUGCCCUCAACAGCGCCGACAAGGCGUACUGGACCGUCGGCUCGCAGCCGGCGGUGGACGCCGCAAGCUCGGCGGAUCCCAUGCAUGGCUGGGGUCCCGUGGGCGGGUACGUCUUCCAGAAAGCAUUUGUCGAGUUCUUCGUCCCCCUCUCCGAAGUGCAGCGCUUGGAGGCCAAGCUCGUGUCGAUGUCAGCCGAGGGCGCCGACGGCAGCCCCACGCAGAGCCUGAUCAGCAUGUACGCGGCAAACCGCAGGGGCGACUACGCGACGAACACGCAAAAGGACGCCGUGAACGCCGUCACGUGGGGCGUGUUCCCCGGCCAAGAGAUCCAGCAGUCGACGAUCAUCGAGGAGAUAUCGUUCCUUGCUUGGAAGGAGGAGGCGUUCGAGAUCUGGCAGGAGUGGGCGCGGCUGUAUCCCCGCGGCUCGCCGGCGCGGUCAUACCUCGACGGCGUCGCGGACGAGUGGUGGCUCGUGAGCCUCAUCCACCACGACUACAAGGACAAGGAUGCGCUGUGGCGCUUCCUCCUGGAGUAGGGAUUGGGGUUAGGAGACGAGAGCAGCGAGGGGCCUUCUUGACACUGUAACACCAUGCAUGCAUCCGUGCGUUCUUG